ACACUUCCUUGCUCUAGAUCUGAGAACAUAUUCUUGUUGCGUUCCUUGGACUUCAGACCUCUGCAGCGGUUCCCACCUUGUUUUGUGUGAUUUUUAGUUUUGGCUUGAUUGCUACGGUAGUUAGGAAGCAUUGAUGGGGCUUCUUGGAAGUCUCGCAAUGCUUCUCACUUUUCUCUGGAUCCUGUGGUCGCCGGGACUUAGAGCUCAAUUGUCCGGAGCUUCAAGCGACCGAGCAAGAUCAUUGGAUGCACUUCUGCAAGAUUAUGCUUACAAAGCUUUCGUUCGGCCAAGAACCGGCAUCCCAUACGAAGGAAGGCCCCCCUCGAAUUUAACUGGGAUUACAAUUACUGUAAUGAGGCUUAGGAGCGGAAGCUUAAGAAAGAGAGGUGUUGCAAAUUACAAGGAAUUCGUGAUCCCAACUGGAGUUGUAGUGCGACCUUAUGUAGAGAGGCUUGCUCUGGUUUACCAGAACAUGGGCAACUGGUCGACGGUUUACUAUCCAUUACCUGGUUACAAUUACUUAGCUCCAGUUGUGGGUCUUCUUGGCUACAACGCUUCCAAUUUAUCUGCAACCAAUUUACCGGAUUUGGACGUUAGGGCGUCCGAACAGCCCAUCUCUAUCAGGUUCUCUGAAGUGAAAUUGGUUGGUGGCAGUUCAACUGCAAGAUGCGUGACAUUUGAUCUACAGGGCAUGACGAAAUUCAGCAAUGUUUCGUCUGGGAAUGUCUGUUCGACAGUUGAGCAAGGCCAUUUUGCCAUUGUAAUCGAGUCUCCAGCGCCUUCUCCAGCGCCUGUGCUACCGCCAACCCCAACUGCUCCUUCAAAGAAGGGUGGGAAGAACGAGAAGAAGGUGUUGAUCAUUGCAGGUUCUGUGAUUGGUGGGCUCGUGGUGUUGAUUCUGUUGGCGCUAUUGAUACUGUGGAUUCGAAGAUUCAAACACAGGAAGAAGAUGCGACGGAUGGAGAGGGCGGCGGAGGUGGGGGAAUCGCUGCAGUUGGCCUCUGUAGGCAACAUAAGGGCUCCGGUGGCGAUGGGUACCCGGACACAACCUAUGCUGGAGACUGAAUAUGUGCCUUAGGUUUUUGGCAUUUUGUACAAGGUACCCUAUACUCUUCUAUUCAUAUUCAGCUCAAAGCUCCUAAACUCAAUUCAUCUGUUCAGAAAGUAUCGAUUCUUGUUUCAUCCAUGCGUUUGUCCAGAAAUAUACUUCUUUGAUUCAUUUUUAGCCUCUUAGGGGAGGGGGGUUUGUUCCUGUUUUCCGGCCAUUUUUUUUUCUCCCCUAUGGUUUUCUAUUGUUGUAUGUUGGUUUGUAAUUCCUUUUCCUGUGGGGUUUAUCUAGACAAGAUGUUAGUCAUUUGGGAAUUUGUGAUCUGAUAGAGGCAAAAGAGUUCGUCAAGGAUCAUUGUUA